CGACCGCGCAGGAUCGACUAACGAUUGAACAAACAUGAUCGCCGCGACCCAGAUGAACGCCCGCAUCGCGCCCGCGUGCGCCAGGCGCGCCGCCCCAUGCCGCGCCCACAACAAGGCCGUCCCCGUCCGCGGCAAGGCGAAGAUCCCGACGAAAACAUCCGCGAUGGUCUCGGGAGGACGCGCGCCCCGAGGGUGCGUCUCCACGCGCGCCGCGGGCGACGACGACGGCGCGGAGGCGUCCACGUCCGAGAAACAGGAGGAAAAGUUCGAUCUCGAGCUCGCGUUCGCCAACCUCGCGGCGAGGUACGACUGGCUCAGCGCGGGCAUCGGAGCGCUCAUGGGGACGAGCUACGGCGUGGUGCGGGGGCAGCCCGUGUCGCAGGCGCUGGGGAUCACGGUUUGCGCCACGGUGGUGGCUCUCGCCAUCGAUGAGAUGCUCAAGGACAACAACAUCUAAAUUUUAAGUCCACGAGUCGGGCUGCGAUGCGAGGCAUCCAGCCCCGGGGGAGCAGUUCUAGUUCAGUUUAGUCUCAGUUGAAACAGUAACCUUCGGUUCAUCAGUC